GACAAUCUCCCUCUUUAUCAUUUUAGUCUAUAAAAUCAACGAAUCAAAAAGGGGAUUAGGGUUUUCAACAAACAACAAUGGAUUUCACAUCAUCCAAGAACAACAACAACGCAUCAGAAAACAACACCGAAAACACUCACCAAAUCGUCGAUUCUUCUGAUUCUUACAACGUCAAAGAAACCGAAGAACGACAAUCUCGUGAACUCAAAGCUGGUCUUCACCCUCUUAAGAGCAAAUUUGUGUUUUGGUACACUCGUCGGGUACCUGGAAUUCGAAACCAAUCAUACGAGGAUAACAUUAAGAAGAUUGUUGAAUUCAGUACGGUUGAAGGAUUUUGGGUCUGCUAUUGCCAUCUUGCUCGUCCUUCUUCUUUGCCUAUUCCAACAGAUUUGCAUCUUUUCAAAGAAGGAAUUCGUCCUUUAUGGGAGGACUCUGCUAACUGCAAUGGUGGAAAAUGGAUUAUACGAUUCAAAAAGGCUGUCUCAGGUCGCUUUUGGGAGGAUCUGGUGCUUGCCUUGGUGGGUGACCAACUUGAUUAUGGUGAUAACAUUUGUGGUGCAGUACUAAGCAUUCGAUUCAACGAGGACAUAGUGAGUGUCUGGAAUCGCAAUGCCUCUGAUCAUCAGGCUGUAAUGGCUUUGAGAGAUUCGAUCAAGCGUCACCUAAAGCUUCCUCACGGCUAUGUUAUGGAGUACAAACCACAUGAUGCUUCUCUUCGAGACAAUUCAUCUUACAGGAACACUUGGUUGAGAGGCUAGAGAUACAUCUGUGUUUGUCCUAGUCCCGUCGGUUGAUGCUAUUGUAUACUAUCGCAGCUUGUGACGCUGCCUUUUGAACAUUGGCCGCAACCUAAUGUUGUUGGGUGUUUCAGGACUGGUUUCGACUUUUGAAUUAAAUUUCCAGACAUCAAUUUUAUGACUGAUUUAUGUUAAUUUCGUUACUUGAAGAUUAAUUUUAUAAUUUGUGUUUUGUCUUGGUUAUUGUAAAUAACUUUACUCUUGUUGCUUUUCACCUUGCUGAAGGAAAGGAUCAUAACACUUUUCAUCCA